AUGUCUGAUCUAAUGACCGGCAGCCUUCCUGCCGCGUCCAAUGGCGCCGCCCUUGGUCCUGGCCGCAUGCCGGCUGCUGCUCCCGCGCCUACAAGCUCUCCUUCAGGAAUUAGGGGUCCUAGGAUGAUCAUGCAGGAACGCGCAGCGAGAGAAGCGCGCCAGAGAGCUGAAGCUCAGCAGAGGGCCGAAAUUGAGCAGCAGGCAUUGAAGAAGAGCCGCGCCGAACAGGAGGCGCGAGUGCAGCAGGAGACUGAGCGCCGCUCUGAAGAACGGCGCGCUGCUGGCGUUGCCGCUGGCCAAGGCAUCACUGCCGAGGCUCAGCAAUCUACUAACCAUUCACACAUGGGUCGAGCUGCCAUGGACCCGUCACAGCAACCGCGCGGCACAACCACAUCCGGCCAGCAUUUACCAGCUCAACAGCUACCUCCACAGCAGCAGCACCGCCCCGUCCCAAUGUCCAACGCCCAACAACAGCAUACUCCUCCCCAGGCUUUCCCCGCUGGAAACUUACCAUCGCAGCACCCUCCUUCUGGAGCACUUCCCGGCGACACAAAUGAUCCUACCAAGCCGCGCAAUUCGUUUCCCCAUGCGUUUGAGCGGUGGGAAACACUGUCUGCUCACUGGGAGGGAUUGACGAGCUACUGGAUUCGCAAGCUGGAACAAAACAAGGAUGACAUCAAUCGCGACCCAAUGAGUCAGCAGCUGGCGCGACAGGUUACCGAUUUGUCGGCAGCGGGCGCCAAUCUGUUCCAUGCGGUAGUUGAACUUCAGCGCCUGCGGGCCAGCUCCGAACGAAAGUUUCAGAGGUGGUUCUUUGAAACCAGAUCAGAGUUGGAGCGCGCACACGAGGUGAAUGCCAUGUUGGAGGCGGCCCUCGAAAAAGAGAGGAGAGAGCGUGAACAGGCGAUCCGUGAAGCUGUCGAUCAUGAGCGUGGAGUAUCCAAGACUCAGAAGCAACUCGUGGAGAUGAGAAAGGAACUCUCCAUCUCGAAAGAAGAAGCCCGUCGGGCAUGGGAAGAACUGGGGCGUCGUGAGCAGGAAGAGCGCGAUAGGACUCUAUCUCUUCAGUCAGGACAUCCUACGGUUGUUGGAGGCGUUCAGGUAGUACCAAUGACUCAGGGCGGCGGCCCAAGCAGGCACAGCAGCACCAGGGAGCAGGCAAGCUAUCAAUCUGACUACCAGAGACCGACGUACUCCAUCGAGCAGGGCACUCCGGGCCGAGGCCAAUCUGCGCCAGGAAGUAGCGGUUCCGGACAAGGACAAUACCAAUCUGGCCAUCAGGAAGAUCCGAGCCGUCGCACAGGCGCUGGCUCCGAGGGCGGUUACAGCGAAGAAGACUACGACACCCCGGCCACCACCAACCCCAGCGGCCAGAACAUGCCAUCAUCAACCUCGGCCCCUCAAGGCCAGUGGACCGGCGCCUAUUCAAACCCCCAGGACUAUUCCGGCCAGGGCUAUGGAAAUGCUGGAUGGGAGACGGUGCCACGGCACCACCACCCGACUCGGCUGAGCGACGUGAUUGAGGAAGAUGACGAGAGGAGCCGAACGAGUGCCAGCCACAGUCGAAUUUAG